AUGGACUAUCGGAGAAUUGUUAUUGUGGGCAAACCUGGUGCUGGAAAGACAACACUCGGCAGAUUGCUUGCGCGAAUUCUUUCACUCGAACACGUCGAGAUUGAUGCCAUUCAUUGGCAGCCAAACUGGACACCCCUCGAUGCAUCCACGAUGCGACAACGCGUCGGCGACGCUCUGCCUGUCGAUGGCCGCUGGGUCGCCGAUGGAAACUACAAAGUCGUCCGCGACAUCGCCUGGGGCCGUGCCGACACCCUGAUCUGGCUCGAUUAUGGCCUGCUUUUCACAUUGUGGAGGUUGCUUUGUCGCACUCUGGGCCGCAUCAUAUUCCAAAGACGGCUGUGGAAUGGAAACCGAGAGGCGCUUUCGAAACACUUCACUUUGGAUAAGGAUGAGAACCUGUUCUUGUACAUGAUUGGGACACAUUCGAAGCAAAGGCGGGACUUCCCCGAAGCGCUGAAAGAACCUCCAUGUUCUCACCUUAGGGUGCUGCGAUUCCGAACAGCAUCUGAACUCGAUAUGUGGGUGCAGAGUUUGUCGCGCAUCUGCUCCUGA